UCUCACUCUUAACUCUUAUCGAUCGACCAUGUCCGGCAACAAGAGUUGUCCACUCAUCCUCAUUUUCUUCUUCAUCUUUUAUUUACUGGCGGCUCAAUCUUUUGCCGCAGACUCCACAGACAUAUUGUAUGAAAUCCAACCACUCAUUAGGGUUUACAAAAAUGGCACCGUUGAGAGAUUAAGCGGAACAGAUACGGUUCCGCCGUCCCUCAAUCCCAAAUCCAAAGUUCUCUCCAAAGACAUCAUCAUCCAGCCAUCUCUCAACAUCUCCGCUAGGCUCUAUCUCCCUCGCUCCGCCUCCGCCUCCGCCGCCCGCAAACUUCCCCUUCUAGUCUACAUCCACGGCGGCGCUUUCUUCACCGAAUCCCCCUUCUCUUCCACCUACCACGGCUACCUAACCUCCGUCGUCGCCGAAGCCAACGUCGCCGCUGUCUCCGUCAAUUACCGUUUAGCCCCCGAGAACCCUCUCCCCGCCGCCUAUGAAGACUCAUGGCUCGUCCUUAAAUGGAUCUUCUCCCACUCCAAAGACGGCGGAGGCUGUAGAGAGGCGUGGCUCCGAAACAACGUCGAUUUCGACCGCGUUUACAUGAGCGGAGACAGCGCCGGAGGCAACAUAGCCCACAACGUGGUGGUCCGGGCCGGGUCGGAAGAAACGGGUCGGGUUAGGAUCCGCGGUUUGUUCCUGAAUUGCCCGCAUUUUUGGGGGAAGGAGCGGAUUGGGAAUGAAGCGAGUGACCCGAAAAUGGUGGCGAUGGAGGAGAGUAUAUGGAUCCAUGCGUACCCGAAUUCGACAGGGUUCGACGACCGGCGGUUGAACCCGGAUUACGACCCGAAUAUUUCGAAGCUCGGGUGCAAAAAGGUGGUGGUUUAUGUUGCUGGAAAUGAUAUAUUGAGAGAUAGGGGAUUGCAAUAUAAGAAGGCGUUGGAGAAGAGCAAGUGGGAAGGUGUUGGUAGAUUAUGAUGGCUCAAGCACCAAGUUCGGCAAGCUCGCCAAGCUCGGCAAGUUCGGCAAGCUCGUCAAGCUCGGCAAGUUCGGCAAGCUCGUCAAGCUCGGCAAGUUCGGCAAGCUCGUCAAGAUCGGC